CCUCAGUCUCUCUGUCUCUCUCUCUCUCUCCUAUUUAAUCCAGUCUCCUAUUCCAUGCUCACUUCACAUCACUGCUCGUACCCACUACUUUUUCUUCUUCUUCUGCGCUAAAGGUCAUGGCCAUGGCGAUCAAGACACAGAUCUUUCUUUACAUGUUUCUUGUUUUGCUUAGUAAAGGGUCUGCGAGUAAACAAGAAGAAGAAGAAGCUGACAGGAUUUCAGCACUUCCUGGGCAACCAAAAGUAUCAUUUCAACAGUUCUCUGGUUAUAUUACUGUCAACCGAGUUGCAGGCAGAGCUCUCUUUUACUGGCUCGCUGAAGCCGUACAUGCUCCCUUAUCUAAGCCUUUGGUUAUUUGGCUUAAUGGAGGUCCAGGCUGCUCUUCUGUAGCAUACGGUGCAUCCGAGGAAAUCGGCCCUUUCAGAAUCAACAAGACUGCUUCCGGUUUAAAACUCAACAAGUUCUCAUGGAACUCUCUCGCCAACCUCCUUUUCCUCGAAACCCCCGCCGGCGUCGGCUUCUCCUACACCAACCGCUCCUCCGAUUUGUUCGAUACAGGCGACAGCCGCACUGCUAGAGAUUCAUUGCAAUUUCUGAUCCGAUGGUUGGAAAGAUUCCCACGGUACAAGCAGCGAGAAGUGUACAUCACCGGAGAAAGCUACGCCGGGCAUUAUGUGCCUCAGUUGGCUAGGGAAAUUAUGAGAUAUAAUAAGAGGGUUAAGCACCCAAUUAAUCUCAAGGGAAUAAUGGUUGGGAAUGCAGUGACGGAUAACUACUAUGAUAAUCUCGGAACGGUGACGUAUUGGUGGAGUCAUGCAAUGAUAUCUGAUAAAACUUAUCGGCAGCUGAUCAACACGUGUGAUUUUAGGAGGCAGAAGGAAUCAGAUGAGUGUGAGUCACUGUAUAGUUAUGCUAUGGAUAAAGAGUUUGGGAAUAUUGAUCAGUACAAUAUAUACGCACCUCCUUGCAACAAUUCUGAUGGCUCCUUCACUCGCCAGACCACCAGAUUGCCUCAUCUACACAAGGAGGUAUUGAGACGAAUGUCAGGAUACGAUCCCUGCACCGAGAAGUACGCAGAGAUUUACUACAACAGAGAAGAUGUGCAGAGAGCACUUCAUGCUAACACGACUAAAAUUCCAUAUAAAUGGACUGCUUGCAGGUCGGUUCGCGUCUAAAUUUUUUAAUAUUAAAUUAGUAAUUUAAUUGUCAAAUUGAAAAUUGAUAGUUUUGAGUUUCAAACUUGACCAUUGAAUGGGGGAUUCAAAAUUAUUAAUUGAUUAAUUACUUGGAUUUUCAGGUUGAUAUAUUUUGAACCAAGUAUAAUGUGAUUUAGUUAUAUGAAAAUUUUUGUUGGUUAAUUACGCACAGCGAGUUCUAAUCAGGAAUUGGAACGACAC